UGGUCAUAGAAAUUAAUAUUGUCAUUUAGUAAUAUUGUAAUUGAUUUAUGAUUAUGGAUUUUUGUUAAUCCACAAAAAUUUGGGUACGAAAAUUACAGUAAUAAUCAGUUGAAUUAUGAAACAUUAAAGUCAACUCAACUUCAAAUAAAAUUCGUGUAGACUUCAAAAUCUAUUAUUUUGAACACGUGAUGCACAAACCACGAGCCAAUCAAUUGAUAAACCAAUUCCAUCUCCUUUAACGAAGCGUGAAGCUUGUUAAUCACAAAUUUAUUUACAAAACAUAAAAUUUUAUGCCUAAUUCAUUAAAUUGUAUGAUAUUCAUAGUAUUGUUAAUAGAUAAGAUUGAUUUCUUGGAGCCCCAUUAGAGAUUUUAAUCUCAUAAAGUCUAACAUUAAGCCGCCUUUAACGGAUUGAUUCCUUUUUUUCUACUCAACCGAGAAAUUAUUUUAUUUUCUCCGUAUUUUUUAUUUCAAACUUGUUGCUUCUCUCGCUCGCAAAGCAAUUCGUCGACGACUCUCUUAGUGUUACAUCGCAAUUCAAACGGUUCGGACAUUCUUUUUCAUUUCGUCGUUAACUGCAUUUUUUUGGCGCUCACGAUAAUAUUUCUUUUAAUUCGGUUGAAUCUUAGUAAAAGUAUUAAUAAUUUAAUUUAAUCUAAAUUAAAGGAGUUGCUGUUGCUCCGUAAACAUGGAUUAUUUAUGAAUGAGGCAAAAAGUGGAAGAAAAACAUUUUUUUAAUUUAGAAAAAGAGGAAAUUUUAUGUUUUUAAUGGAUUUGUGAAAAUAAUCAACUAUGGAUCUACAUAAAUUCAUAAUAAUCUUACUAAUAUUUUGUGUGAAUGUGAUACAUGGCAAGCAAGAACCACAAAAGUGCUGCCGCAAUGAAAAAAAUUUACUAAUAGAUCGAAGAUGUGUGCCAGAUAGGACCGGAAAGAGUCCAAAUAUAAUAUUAGCAUGUGAAGAGAAAUACAUGCUGAAUCCAUAUGAGAUGGAAGAGGAUGCAUUUAAUGUGACUGAAGAUGCUUCUCUAUUCGUUCCGGAUAUGGGAAGCUCUUUCUUUAGAGACGAGUAUUGUCUCGUCAAUUCUCAUGAUGAGGAAUUAAAUGAGACUUAUGAGAUAGCACUCGUAUGCUUUCCCGAAAAUGACACAGAAAUAGUAAAAGUUUCGUUUACUUUAAAAGCAAUUUUCAUCUUCAUCUCAGUGUUCUUCUUAUUCCUAACACUUUAUAUUUAUUAUCGACUUCCCGAGCUUCGACAGACGCAGGACAAAGUAACAAUGUUUACCAUAAGCUGCUUAACAAUAUUUUUAAUAUUUUUGGGAUCAAUGCAAAUUUACUCUCCGUAUACAUCAAAAUACGAUAUUUGUUUGUUUCUAGCCUAUCCAACUUAUUUCUUUACAAUGGCAUAUUUUGCAUGGCUGAAUUGCGUUAUCAUAAAUGUAUGGAAAUCCGUUGUCUUACGACGAUGGAUGAUGAAUGAAGGAAUCUGGUAUAUGUUUAAUCACAUCUAUGCCUGGACCAUUCCAGCAAUAUUAAUGGUAAUUGUUGACGCAAAGCAUACAAUAAAACCGAGCUUAGGUGUUGAAUCAUGUUGGUUUCAUCAAAAUCAUGAUCAGUGGAUGCUAGUUUAUCUACCAAUUUCCAUAAUGCUGGGACUAAAUGUCAUUCUUUGUAUAUGGUCGAGCAUCUACCUUGUCAACCCGAGUUAUACGCCUGAUACGAUAAAAGCAUUAAGAUAUAAAUGUUUCUUGUAUCUUAAACUGUUGCUUCUCGGUGGAUUCACGUGGAUUUUUGAAGUGUUAUCAUACACAUACAACGAUCAUUCACCAUCUGCAUGGUUUUGGGUGAUCAUAGAUUCUUUAAAUUGCCUUCAUGGUGUUCUUGUCUUUUGUGUACUUAUCUUAUGGCGUCGACGAAUACGAAAAGAAUUGUCCAGGCGAAAAAUAAUGGGUAUUAGAUGGCCUAGCAGUUGGGAUAAUAUUGAUGAUGACGAAGAAGAAGAAGUCUGUUUAGAGAAUGAAGGUAAUAAGACUGGUUCGGCGUAUCCAACGAAUAUGUUUACUAACUGAUUUUGAAUGUUUGUACAGUUUGAUGUUACCAAAAUUUUCGUCCUAUCUAAUCUAUUUCCUUUCUUUCUUUAUCUUCUCUUUCCUUUGUUCUAGCUAAAGGCAAAUACGAUCUAAUAAUAAAAGCUUUAAAAUAAUCUAUCAAAGAAAAAUUCCUUGCAUUAACAUUUAUAGUAAAACUGAGCUAAAAUACUCAGCUGCUUUACAUUACUGUAAUUCAUCAUAUUCCAUCCAUAAAGAAUUCCUUACAAGAACUUGAGGGUAAUUAAGUUUGAAAAUGUUCAGGACUGUUCACUUUCGAUAAUCAAAUAACAAUUCUACUUUGACAUUAAAAUUAGAUUGUCAUAAUUUUAUCACCAGACUCGCUAAGUAAGCCGCAGUGUAAAUCAGAUUAUUUAUAGAAUCUUGCGGUCGUGUCUGAAUUUAAAUAACUUGAACUUUAAUUUCUAUGAGAAACGGUUGUUAUUUGAUUAUCAAAUGAUUCUGGUUUCAGCCAAAAGCACAAAAAAAAUGUUUAAGGAAAAGAAGAAGUCUGGCACUAAAUGUUGUACAAUUGCUUUCUUCCAAAUUAGGCAAACCAAUUUUUAGAAACUUUGUCAGAUGUCAAAACUGUUGAUAUGCAAGGUGGACUUACUUUUUAGUUAAGUUUGGUUGAAUUUUGAGAUUCUGAGACUGUUUUGUUUGAGAAUCAGAAAUAGAGUACUCGAAAGUUGUGUUUGAUGGCACUUAGAAAACUAGGAAAGAUGUCAAUUGAAAGACUGUCUUACUAUUAGACACUUAGGAAAUUCACAAGUUUUACAUUGGUUAAAAAAAGGAGUAAGCACAUCAGAGUAUUGACAGCGUUAUUUAGUUCCAGCUGUUAUAAUAAUACACAGCAUUAACGAGUGAACCAAACCCCAAAAUCUAAAGUUACAUAUCCCAAAACAAUUAAUCACCGAAAUCAGUAUUUAAUCCAUCCAGAAGUAGGUGUACCACCUUGUUAUUAACCAUGACAAAAUUCGCAAUACUUUCAUUUUAAAUGAAUAAUUGUACAUGCUCGUUUCAUGCCGAUUUCGAUUACUUUCAAAUAUUUGGCAAUCUUUCCUUUCACAAGUCAUUAAUUUUAAAAAUAUCAUAUUUUAUCAUCUAUGUUCCUUUUUAAAUCUCAUUCAUUUAUAUUUAAGUUUUGUAUCAUUUAGUUAAAUAAAGUACUUAGUUCUGUGUAAGAAUUAGGAAAAUAUGAAAUAAAAGUU